AUGUUGAAGGGAGAUUUAUUAUUAGUGUGUGCAUUCCUACGUACCACGGUGAGUUGCGGUGGAUUGUUCAAGCGGAAGUCACUCCACCGACGCAAAUGUUGGGUACAGGGGACGGGCGCAAAGGAGGAACAUGAGGUCAAGCGUGGAGAAAGGGUAACUCCCGUACAGUCUAUGGAAAAAGGUAUGAUAAAUGUCGGUUGGCACGGCGUCCAGGGAAAGCACACAACCGCGAAAAAAGUACAUGACCACCGACAACCAAAUGUAGUGUGUGAAGGAUCGUCAUGCCGCCCAAGUGAAUGCAGUACUCUGAGGGAAUUAAGGGCAGGGUGUGGACUGAUAGACCCGAAAGGGCGAAUACUAAGCACCGGGGUGAAGCUUCCGCGGUUUCCCCCCUCGCACUAUUCAGCAAAUGACGAAACAGGCACGCUAUUAGUGGAAAAUACUUCUCCCUCCAAAAAACGAAAGCACAACUUCGUAUAA